CGUCUGGACGUAGUCAGCUCAGCUGUUCUUGUUUUUAUCUUUUCCGCCGGUAAACGUUGGUAUAUAUUUUGAUAUAUGACUUAGAUUUUGGUGAAUUUAAUAAGCAAACAAUACAAGAGAUGAAUCGAAUGAAAAAUAAAAAGGUAAUCGAAGGAGAUCAAGCUAAUGAAUGGAGGAAAUCAGGGAGCUUUGUGAAUAAACCUUCAAGAGGAUGGCUCCAUCCAGAUAAUUCUGUGAUGGGACCUGGUGUCGUCUAUGCAGUUCGGUAUCUUGGAUGUAUAGAAGUCAGGCAAAGUAUGAGGACAUUACAAUUCGAUAUGAGGACACAGGCAACAAAGGAAGCAAUAUGGAGAAUAUUGAUGGCCACAAGACGAUCACAUCAACUGGUUUCUCGAAGGAAAAAGACUCCGAAAGAAGUUUCACGAAUUCUAGGAGAACGUCCCAAUCUACAGUUUUCAUUAUCAUUGAUUAAUUUAACAAUUUCAACAGCAAGUUUGACCUUGGUUGUCACUGAUUCGGGACAGUUCAUCGCGAAUCAUCAAAUGCAAUCAAUAUCCUUCGCAUCUGGAGGAGAUCCUGACACUUUAGAUUUUGUUGCCUAUGUUGCAAAAGAUCCUAUUAAUAAUAGAGCAUGUCAUGUUCUAGAAUGUUGUGAUGGUGUAGCACAAGAUGUUAUAAAUACAAUUGGUCAAGCAUUUGAACUACGUUUCAAAGAAUACCUCAAGAAUCCACCUAAAGCAGUCACACCACCUGAUCGCACAGAACCUUUAUUUCAUGAUGGAAAAUCAAGAUGGGGAGAUGAUGAACCAGAAUAUUAUAAUGAAAUACCAGGGAAGUUACCUCCUGAAGCCGGCAUAGUUGACAAAAGAUUAGAAGGGCAACAUAAUAUUAAUAAUGGAGCUGUCAGCACUCAACAGAUUGUUGGUGGACGACCAGAAGCCUCAGGAGAUGCUCAGCCUCCCCCAACACCAGCUAAUCGACAAAUAAAACAAAGAAGUUUUGAAGAUCAUAAUUAUAUAAAUACUAGUCUUGUACAUCAAAGUGAGACUGGCAUACAACAGCAAGAGCCGAAAGUUUUUAAUAAUCCAAUGUCAAAUUUGAGUCAAUCUGGUGCUUCAAGACAUCCAAGUAACUUAAUCGAUCUAACUACACCACCUUCCUCUCCACAAAAAUCUGUAGGUGGAGGAGCAUUAGCAAUAGCAGCGGCAUUAUCAAUCGAAGAUCAUCGUCCGGCAAGGCAUGAGAGUAGCUCCUCAAUGGAUGCUUUUGAUAUGAAACCAUUUGAAAAAACUUUAAUGCUGGAUAAGUCAUCUGGUAUCGGAACACUACAACAUGAACCUUGGUUCCAUGGAAAACUGAGUCGACAUGAUGCAGAAAUUUAUUUGAAAGAAGAUGGCGAUUUCUUAGUUCGUGAAUCAAGUACGACGCCUGGAAAAAUUGUAUUGAGCGGAUUGCACGAUGGUCACACUAAACAUCUAUUUCUUGUUGAUCCUAAUGGGGUGGUUCGAACUAAAGACCGCCAGUUUGACAGCGUUUGUCAUUUGAUAUCGUUUCAUAGAAAUAAUAAUCUACCUAUUGUAUCAUCUGGUUCAAUGUUGAUGCUACAACAACCUGUCAUAAGAAAAAUUGAACGAUGAGUUUCGCUUUUUUCGUACUUCAUCCAACUUAUAUAUUGUCAUGAGUGUCGAAUUUUUUAUCAAGCCUCAUAGGCUGAAUCGGUAAAUUACUAUAUGAACAAAAAUUGUACAAUAAAAUCAAAUUUUAGGCUCAUUUGGCGGUUUCCAAUAACUUUCUUACAUCAAACAGAUCAGAAACAUUGAUAUUCAAAUGUGUUACAAAUAUUUUCUGAAUAAACUCAUGAAAAAUUGUUACAUAUAUUUGAAGAUUUUUGGUUUUUACUUUUUAUCAACUAUUAUUAGUUUGAUAAAUAGAAUAACAUAAUCUCUUUCCACAGAAUAGCAAGUUUAUUUGUUAGCUUUUUUCAGAUCAUAGUCUAACUACGGCGUUUGAUUAUAUCUUGUUUUGUCUGAGGAAAUUAGACCAUGAGUCCAUGAUCUAACGAAAGCUAUCAAAUAUAUUUGCUAUUUCCUGGAAAGAGACUUCACUAUGGCCAUAUACAGAUUUGAAGUAGAAAGUACACAGAGUGAAAGGACUGGCAGUUUAAUAUACAAAAUUCUAGUACUUCUAGUAUUAGUUUCAAAAAUGGCAUGGUCAAUCAUGUAUAAUUUGAACUUCUUGAUGUACAAUUUAUUCAACGUUUCAUAAUUUUAACAUCAGUCUUGUGUGUCCAUUUAUUCACUUUUUUUCAGUAGGGAGCACCACGACAAACUUUUUGAAUCGAUGUUUCUAAAAGCAGCAUGUUUAUUUUUACAUUUCGAAGCUAUUUAUUUCAUGGAAAGUAAAAUAAGAAAAUAACAAUUAAUUUGAUUUAUGAUUCUAGGCAAAAUGUACUGAUAUUGCAUUAGUAUCUCGAGACAAAACUUGUGAUAUUUUACAUACAUAAUUAUUCUGUUGAUGAACAUUCUAAUAUAAAAUAAUUGCAGAGCAUAAUUUCGAAAUACCAACUAGGUAUUCAGACAUAGAUUAUUCCCACUUACUAGCAAGCCAAUUUUAAUUGAGAUAAUUCAUGUAAAAAUCUUAUGAGUGUGGUGCAGGUAGUCUUCUAAUAAAAAAAAACGGUACCAAGCUUAUUCUUUUGAUCUUCUUAUUUAAUGAAAUUAGGAACAACUUAAAUACUGAUAUAUCAGUCCAUUUUUGUAAUAAUCAUUGAAUUGUUUUAAUGUAUUUAAAACUGACUAAUUUGGAGUGAAUAAGAAUUUUGCGUCUUUCAUAUUUUUACUAUGAAAGCCUUAUACAUACAUCAUGGUUUCGUUAUUUCAAGUUUCAUCACAUAGAUCUCUGUGAAAUUGCAAAAAUUGAACCAAGUUAGUCAUACAAAAUCAUACCUUAAUUUUUUAUUGAGUGCUGUCCAUUUUUAUCCUUUAAUCAUGCUUUUAGAUUUACUUCACCAUUUCAACAUAUUUUACUUUAUUUUAUUUACUUGUUUAUUGAAGUAGCCAACAAGCCAAACAUUUUUGGUAUAUUUUAAAUAUUAUGAGAUUUUGCUUUUUUGUUCAUUUCAGUCUUUUUCUUUCCAAUAUUUUUACUUAAUUCAUCUUUCCUAUUUAGCAUAAAGCUGAAUGUCCGUCAUUCAUGCCUAUGUUUUUAAUUGUUCAUUCACAAACCUAUGAUAAGAGCACAUUGAUGUUAGUUUGUGUGUAAUAUCAGAAAAACUAUCUGUAAGUGCGCCAGAUACUUGUAUUGCUGAAAUGUUCACGGGUUUGGUGUUUUGGUCCUGUCCUGUUCGAUAUAGCUAAACAAUCUUACCCCUUCUAAGCUACAAAGUUAAUAAUUAUGCGAAUUUAACUUUAUUAGGUGUAAUCCGAUCAUUUGAGGUUGAAUUUCAUAUUCGUUUUCCUCUUAUGAUAUCCUCAUCGAUACCCGAUGUAUGAUAUAGUAUAAGAUUACACCAUACGGAGUUUUUUGAACUUUCUGACAAUUUUUUCAGCCUGGUUAUUUCUGAAGUUAUUCUGUUGAUCUCUGUGUUUGUAGCAAAGAUAUAUAUAUUAUAAUUAUCUUGAAUACAAAUGUUCUGUUCUUA